GCCAGGCUAAUUGGUGGAUGGGACGGCCUGUAAACUAUUUAGGUGUUGGACAGGUCGGCCCCCGGCGGCACGCUCAAAAGACAAAGAGGAUGGACCCAGGAGUAGAGCAGUACUCCUCUGCUCGAGCUGCGGUUUGUAGGCAGUUCAUGAAUGGCUCUUGCAGAUUUGGUCCACGGUGUCACUACCGACAUGAAUGGCCUGUAAGGCAAUCAUCCCAAAUAUGCAGGCACUUUCAGAAAGGUGGCUGCUGGUAUGGUCAGAACUGCAGGUAUCGUCAUGUCCUUCUGCCCGAGGGUGAUGCAGCUGUGCCAGGUAGAAGGGCUUCGGUGCCUCACGUGCACCCGCCCUGUGUCGGCAAUGGGCGGCGAGGGUCCGAGCCCGCGCUGCCACAGGCCUGGGUGAUGACGGGCCGAGGACGCGGGGGGUCGGAGUCAGUGUUGGUCGACGUCUCCAACCUGGAACGCAACUUUGGAUGCCUGACCAUGGAUGUUCCCGAGGAAGGAGGGUCACGAGAUCAUCUACUUGAACCGGGCACUCAUUUGAGUCGAACCGCUUCCCAAGACUCUGUCCAGAGUUCAAAAACGACACAAGCAGGUGUCUCUAAUGGCAGAAAUCAGCAGGCUUCAUCCAAAGAGACGGCAGAGUGUGGUGGCGCCGCUGCGGCCCCCACUGCCCGAGAGGAAACAGAGGAGUUCCUCCAGAGUAAAGAGGUGACGUGCGGCAUCUGCAUGGACAAGGUGUACGAGAAGAUGAAUCCAGACGAACAGCGCUUUGGCAUCCUGCCUAAUUGCAAUCAUUCCUUCUGUCUGAAAUGCAUUGUCACCUGGAGGAAAACUAAAGACCUGCGGGAGGAAGUUAUAAAGAGUUGCCCACAAUGCCGAGUGAAGUCUGCUUUUUAUAUCCCGAACAAUUACUGGGUUGAAGGACAAGCAAAGGAAACUCUAAUUGCUGCCUUCAAAGAGAAAUGCAGUAAAAGAAGAUGCAGUUACUUUAUGCGAUACGGAUGCUGCCCCUUCAAAUCAGAGUGCAUUUACUGGCAUGACGCAGCCCACCGUCGCCGCUCCUCACGUCUGUCCUACACAGAGGAGGAGGACCUGGACGGCCUACAGCUGCUCGAUUUUGUCAUAGCCAUGACUCUUCUCUCUGACUUGGAUGACAAUGACAGUGACCUCCCCUUUUACCUCGGCGAGGAUUAUGAUUUCUGAGCCCUGUCAUCCCUUUUUUCUGUUACGAAACUGAAUGAAACAGUACCUUAAUCACUGGGCACCCAGAAAACUACUUGGUUAUUUGUUUUGCCUCUUCUACCCUUCUCUCAGUCAUAUCUUUUGAGCAGUCAUACAUUAGUUUCAAGCAGUGCCAGAUAAGUCACCUAGCUUAUUUAGAUUUCUGUAUCUAAAGUGCUAGUAUUUAUUUGGGGCCUUCUGGUUUGGAUUUUUCUUUUUCUGCUCCCUCUUGUCUGGUGAUUCCAGCAUAUUCAGAUUAUUAAUAUUCAAGGCCCCAAACAGAUUUGCUACUGUUGAUCUGGCCGAGUGCUUGACUCUACAAAGUCUGACCUGCCAAUUUGCACCAUUUUGAUAUUUUAAAAGUGUGUGUGUGUGGAUGGCAUUUUUAAUUCUCUAGAUAAUGUGUACUGUAUCCCGUAUUACUAAUUGUCAUGAUUUAAGAUACUUACCUCAGUAGAUAGGUCAUUGAUAAAUCAUUUUUCUGGUUGGUGUGAUGAACAAAAUGUCAGAUUUUUAUUAUUUUUUUAUAACGAGUUGUAUUCAAUCACAAAAGAAAAUAAACAUUGUUACACCUUUUGCUUCACUGAAA